GUUCACAUACUGCUUUAACUACAAGUAGCUCUAGUAAUUUCUCUUAUGCGGGAUCCGGUCAUGUUCAUUCAAUACUGAAGUAUAAAUUAAAACUAUGCUUCAAGUGAUUUGAAAGUUAGUUUAUCAGGCCUUGGCUCAUCCUUUUCGAUACAGUUUUGUAUUAGUUUGCACCGUGCAUCUAAAAUUGUCAAGUUUGUUUAUGAAAAGAAAUACGUAAUGGUAAACGAAAAAGAAUUUUGGACAGAAAUUCGGAAAGACAUUCCAAAAUAUAAGAACAGAAAACCAAGAGUUGUACCUGCGUUUACAAUACAAGCGUUACAGGAAAAUACAAUAGUUGCUAAACCACCGCACUGUGGUUUGUAUAAGCCGUGUCGACCGAAGCCAUCAGCGUUUAGAAAAUACUACACAAGCGGUGUGCUCCCAAUUUCUUUGGAAAAUGAAGGAAAUGGACCAAAAAUUGGAUGGAAAGUCGACAUCGAUAAGCUGGAUUUUCAUCACUACCUGCCAAUGUUUUUUGAUGGAAUGACCGAAACCGAAAACCCUUACAAGUUUUUAGUAACUCAAGGAAUUGCUGAUUUGCUCGCUCACGGUGGACCAAAAAUAUUACCAGUGGUUCCGCAACUUAUCAUACCCAUAAAAACUGCAUUGAAUACGAAAGUCCCAGAAAUAAUCUGUACAACAAUGAAGAUGCUACAACAUCUCGUGCGGUCUGCCGAUUGUGUUGGAGAGGCCCUCGUUCCUUACUUUAGACAAAUAUUACCAAUCCCCAACUUACUCAAAGACAAAAAUGUCAAUCUGGGCGAAGGUAUCGACUACUCCCAACAAAGAGGAGAUAACGCUGCGGACGUGAUACAAGAGACACUGGAAAUACUAGAGAGAUAUGGUGGUGAAGACGCAUUCAUCAACAUUAAAUACAUGGUCCCAACCUAUGAGUCCUGCAUGAUGAAUUGAUCAUAGCUUGUCUCAAAUGGCUAUUAAUCUAAUUUGAGCUAAGAGUAAUCUCCAAAAUUUCUUUUAUCCACAAAGUAUCAACAACCAAUUGAGAUUAUAGAGAAAUCUAAAGCAAAUAGAAAAUACCACUAACGUCAGCAACGAUGCAUAGAAAAUGUAAUCAUGUACGCAUAAUGUUUAUUAUAAUUACAAAAAUAUGUA